UGUGUAUUUUCAUUAUCAGUUUCAGUUGAUUCUGUUUUUGCGUAUUGGGUGUGUCGUGGUUUAAUCUCGAAAAAAAUUAUUGUCGAUUAUGUGUUAUCUUCUUCUUAUUCAAUAGAAAAUUAAAUCUAUUAAUAAAUUCAAGGAAGAAUAUAAUAAAGUGACGAAAGGUCGAUGAAGCUGAAUUCAUAGAAAUGAUGACUGAAUCAGAAAAUUAAUACAAAUUUGUAAAAAAUUAUAUAAAAACUUCAUUUAAUCAAUUAAUCAAUUAAAAUGAAUUCUCAAAUUGAUUGGGAACAACGUCGUACAUUACUGGAGAGUAAUGCUGCUUUGGAACGUACAUCGCAAUCACUGACAAGGUCGCACAUAAUUGCGACUGAAAGUGAGCAGAUAGGAACUGAAGUAAUAUCGGAAUUAGCAGGACAAAGUGAGCGUCUAUUACGAGCAAAGAGAAGAUUGUCUCAAACAGAUGAAGAACUUAAUAAAACACGGAGAAUUUUGAAUAGAAUGAAAAUAGGAGUGUUAACUAAUAAGUUUGUAUUAUUGCUGAUUAUAGUGUUAGAAAUAAUUAUACUUGGUAUAACUGUUUAUUUAAAAUUUUUUUAUCGAAAAUAAAAUUAACGAUUUAACGUUUAAGAGAAUAUUUAACUUUGAAUCAUCUUUUUUAUUGUAAAUAAAUUACGAUUAAAAAUAUUUUUCUAAAUAAAUUAUAGAUUUGAAUAAUUUUCUGAAUCUUUGAGUGCCGUCUUGCGGUUAAAUGGUCGAACUUAGAGGUAUAUCGUAGAUGAUAAGCUACAGUGACAUCUAUAUAUAUAAGUGAAAAGCAUUCCUACUUAUAGCGUUGUACAGGCUAAAGCAACUACAGAUGGCGCUGGCGAAUGUCUUGGAAAAAGUACGCAUAAUCGUUCUCUCAUUUAUUUUAUAUUUAUAGACUAAUUGUGGGAGUUAUAAGAGACUGUUCCUCAAUGUUAUUCGAUAAGGCUAGAUAAAUAGAUAUGAAAAGUUGACGUUGUCGAUACUGUAACUCUAUUAAAUCUUUGUACUUCAAGUAAGUUUAACUUUUUGUGAUACAGUAUGCAAGACUUUAGUCCAAAUUAAUUUAUAUUUUCAGUGUUGUCGUAUAAUAUGUGUUAAUUAAUUGUAAUAACACACACGUAAUUAAAAUACAAAUGUAAUAGGACAUAUAAAGAAUGUAUUGAAACUUUAUGUGACUUAUUGUAAGCCUAACAUUUUUAUUUAAUGUAUGUUAAAAACAUCAUAAGAAAUUUUUCCUUGACAAUUAAAUUAAUUUUACAAAAAAAGAAAUCAAUUACAGUUCGUAUUUGUUUGUAAUUAUAAAGGAACAUUUUUCUUUUCUCUUUUUAUGCUACAAAUACAUUUGUGAUAAAAUUUUGAUAGAUUUGUAAGAGUGAAAAGAAAUGAAUAUGUAAAAAAAAAAUGCAGUUGUGUAACUAUGAAGAGAAGCAUUUGAAGAAGUUGACACCUGUUCUAGCAUCAUGGAGCUGCAACAAAAUGAUCAAAAUGAAGAUACAACUGCCUUGGGGCUUCUUCAGUUUGAUUUAGAUCUGGACGGUAUUACUACUCUGUAUUAUACUCCUCCACAAAAAUACCGAGCUAAACGUAAAAUAAAAAUGGAUAGCAAGUCGCAAUCGCAAACUUCUUUGUUAAAAUGGAAUUAUAACGCUAAUACGGAAGAAAAAAUAGGUGCAAAAUAUCGGCCUAUAUAUCCAAAGCCUUAUCAAACAAAUUUUUUUAAUAAGCCAAAAAUAUUUGGUUUUCCUCCUGCAAUAAAUGAAUUCCCUGCGUUAAAUUCUACAAGUCAUAUCAUUUUACCAUCCAAGGAAAAAGUACAAGAUUGUACGAUAUUGAACAAGCCUAAUAAAAGGACACGUAAUUAUUCAAAAUCCAUAACAGAGAAUUCUAACUGUUUGAAAUUAUUAACAAAAGAAAAUGGUAAUGAAACAAAUUCUAAUAAAAACAAUACUAUUUUACGGCAAGACUUUAGUUUCAUUAAAAUGGAAGAUGAAGAUAAAAGUAGCAUUGAGUUAUUUUUUGAAAGUAUGGCGCAAACUGUUCUUAGUUUACCCAUGCAUGUCCAAGCUGAAAUUAAAAUGGAAAUUUGUAAACUUGUUACAAAGGCAGAAAUCAAAUAUUCUUUGGCUCAAUCAAAAAACAACUGUAAAAUAGAUUGAUAUAAAUAGGGUAAAAAGAAUUUUUUUACCUUACUUAUUAAAACUUUAGGUACUAUUUUAAAUAGCCUAAGUGUUAUUUGAAAUGUUAAGCCAAUAUCUAUAUAAAUAAUGUCUAGAGUGAAAUGUAAUGUACAUAAAAUAUAAUAAGAAUAUUAUUCUAAA